AUGGCAGUUCCAGAAGAAAUGACCCUCAAGACCCUGGCCGGGCAAUUUGUUCCCAACAAGGCCCUAUCGGACGAUGUCGACAGUUCGCUCGCGUUGCAAGGAGUUCCCUGGCUACUGCGCAAAGGCAUUUCCCUUGCAAGUCCCAAAUUCACCAUCUCACAUUCUUCCGAUGAUGACGGAACCCCCGUCGUCAAUAUCCAAGUCAGUGGAGUGGGUGGUAAUGGUGUUACCGAGAAACGGUACCUGAACUGGAAACCGGUUUCUGGGAAGAAUCCCUUGUACGGGAAGACUGAAAGUAAAGACUUCACCUCUCCCAUCCAAUGUACCUUCCUUACUGAUUGCAUUCUAGCUCAAUCACGUCUCUAUGGCUCSUCGCYGGAGCGUUCAGCUUUGCAUACGGAUGAGGACUACCCGUUCUUGAACGGCGAAACUACUAAGGACGGCUCUGCCAGUUGCUGGGCUGAGGAUGCCGAUGGCCAGCAUCUACAAUGUGUAAUUACGAAUUCCGAUGCUGGUUGGACAAUGGAACAGACCUGGGGCUUUGAAAAUAUUGAUGGGAAGCGAUAUCAUACUCGGCGAAUGGUGGUGAGAAAGGGGGACCAGGUCGAAAGAGGAAGAUUGGUUUAUAAUUAUAAUUCAUAA